CCUUACGUUAUUGGAGUUGUUCCCGAUUGUGGUGGCAGUGGAGUUGUGGAGGGACCGGUUGUCCAAUACGCACGUUUCUUUUUGGACGGACAAUUUGAGUGUGGUUUAUGCUGUCAAUACUUUGUCUUCCUCUUCCCUCCCGGUUCUGGCGUUGCUCCGGCAUCUCGUACUUCGGUGCCUUGAGUGUAAUAUCUAUUUUAGGGCUCGUCAUGUUCCUGGUGUUGACAAUAAAAUUGCUGAUGCUCUUUCCCGUUUUCGUUGGCAGGAUUUCAGGUCUUUUCUUCCGGGAGCGGAUUUGGAGGGCAGGGAAUGCCCGUCGUACCUGUGGGACCUGGUGGACAGGAGCUGAUGUCGCUGGUUCGAUCGUCUGUUUCCCCGGCUACUUGGCAGGCGCAUGGUCCUGGGCGUCCGGCCGUUUGGAUCGUGGGCCAUUCAUAUGUUUUCUGGGCGGCGCAGAGAGCUGAUUGCCGACCUGGGGGGAGGUCCCUCGGCUUCCGGGAGGUGGAUGUGGCCUGGAGAGGAAUCCGGGGUUUGCGAUGGGCUCAGCUCCUGUCUCAAGUGGUCGAGAUCGGUUCGCAGGCCAGUGGCCCGGUUGUUUUAGUUCUACAUGCUGGGGGGAACGAUAUGGGUUCUGUUCCCCUGGUGGAAUUGUUGGCCCUCAUCAGGUCCGAUUUGGAGCGUUUUCCAUCGUUUUUUCGUGAGGUGGUCCUGGUCUGGUCUGAGGUUGUUCCUCGGGUGGUAUGGCAGGGUGGGGAGGCAGUCGAGAGGUGUAGAAGGACGAUUAAUGCCCGUAUUUCCCGCUUCGUCAGGUCCCGGGGUGGUGUGGUUGUCAGACACAGACAGCUCGAGGGCGAUAACCGCUCAUUAAUGAGGCCCGAUGGGGUUCACCUGAAUGAGAUAGGUUUGGAUAUCUUCCUUUCAGGUAUCCAAGAUGGGGUGGAGCAGGCCAUGUUUUUGUUGGGUGGUGGUCGGAGCCCCGUUUGAGGGCGGUGCUCCUCCUUGGCGGCUAGUUAUUGCAGCAUAAAGGUGUUGGAGGAGAAAUGGGCGAAUCCGCCCGCUGGGAGACCAGCGGCUGGCGGAGAGCACGGUUCAAGGUUAUAGUUGCCGUUUGAAUAAAGCUGUGGCCGAUUACCACCCAACAAAAUAAAAGGUUAAAAGUUGAACGGUGUCAGUGUCGUUAUUGAAGGGGUUAGUUGGGGUGGUAUGCGGGGCUAGAGGAAGGUUUGGAGUUCCCCUUCCCAUUCCUUAUGGUGCCAACAGUCUGGUGGCCACCCGACGGCUUAGGGAGGGUGGGCAGGGACUGGUGGGCCCCCCUCCCCCCUGUUCCCCCCCCCUUUAGAACGUCUUCCUCUUAUGCCUGGGCAUGCAGGGGUUAAUGUAGGGUUCCGGUUAGGAGAGUGGGCGGUCAGCCGGGAGGGCAUAUAUGCCACUGUCCCGCCUUCCCUCUUCCUCUUUGAGCGGAAGCGCUUUGUCCCUCCCUCCCUCCCCUGUGAGUUGAUGGUUUGGUUUAUGGUUCGGAUGGUGUGCUCAGCAGUGAUUCUGGGGAACGGCUAUUGAGGCGGAGUGCCUCUUUGGAAUGUUUAAGUCACAGCUGGCGGCUAGUUAUUGCAGCAUAAAGGUGUUGGAGGAGAAAUGGGCGAAUCCGCCCGCUGGGAGACCAGCGGCUGGCGGAGAGCACGGUUCAAGGUUAUAGUUGCCGUUUGAAUAAAGCUGUGGCCGAUUACCACCCAACAAAAUAAAAGGUUAAAAGUUGAACGGUGUCAGUGUCGUUAUUGAAGGGGUUAGUUGGGGUGGUAUGCGGGGCUAGAGGAAGGUUUGGAGUUCCCCUUCCCAUUCCUUA